UAAAUUACAAUUCAAUUGUAUUUUUGUACUCCAUAAACUACAGGUAAAAAAGAUAAAAUGCGGACUUUAUUAUUGAACCGGUGACGAACUUCAGUAAUGCUGUUAGCCCAGGGAGCUACUUCAAUAGUAACGAUUGCCGGUAUUGUUGAAGAGGAGGAAUACGCCAACAGUGAGGCACACAGCGGUCGAUACGAUGGCUACGUAACAGAUCACACGGAUCUUGGAUCCGAAAUUGAUAUUGACGAGUCUGAGUACCGACGUGAACUUUUAAAUGACAAAUGGCGAAUGCUAUUCGACAAGUUCGAUCCAGAGGGUUUUGGAGAAAUACCACGAGAGGAUUUUCUGCAGGCUUUAACAAGUCCCGAAUGGAGAGCAGAAAUCCCAGUGAACAAACGGGACAUUCUUCUGACCCGUGUAAAGGAAUCUCUUGCCGACGCCAUCACGUUUCAGGACUUCGUCAAUGUGAUGAGCGGAAAAAGAACGAGAAGUUUCGAGUGCGCAGUUCACCAUCGUGACAGAGAAGUCUACUCCGAAAAUGAUUUUCAUCUUCUGAUUCACGAGCCCCCACUUUUUCACAGGAUGGUGCGCAUGAUUGGCGAUGAAUUUCUAACCGAGGAACGGGACAGAAAGUAUUACGCUGAUCACUAUACCUGCUGUCCGCCUCCACUUUUCAUUAUCCUUAUUACCCUAGUUGAGCUGGGUUUCUUCACGUACUACACAGUGGCGAUGGGUGAAGUAAAUCCGUCUGGACCGGUACCAAUUGACAGCGUUUUCAUCUAUCGACCAGACAAACGUCUUGAACUCUGGAGGUUUGCCUUCUACAUGUUUCUACAUGCUGGGUGGUUACACCUGCUGUUUAACCUGGGGGUACAGGUGGUCGUGGGACUUCCCCUUGAAAUGGUGCAUGGGAGUUUGAGGAUCGCUGCAGUCUACAUGGCUGGAGUUUUAGCCGGCUCACUGGGUACGUCAGUUUUUGACACAGAUGUUUACUUAGUCGGCGCUAGCGGUGGAGUUUAUGCUCUUCUCGCAGCUCAUCUGGCGAACGUCCUGCUUAACUACAAUAACAUGGAGUUUGGAAUUGUUCGGCUGAUCGGGAUUUUCAUUAUUGCCAGUGCAGACGUGGGCUUUGCUAUCUACGAUAGGUACGCAGCCGAACAGAUGGGCCCACCUGUCUCGUACGUGGCGCACCUGACGGGGGCGCUGGCCGGACUCACCAUUGGUCUGCUCGUCCUCAAAAACUUUGAGCAACGAUUGCACGAACAGCUACUGUGGUGGGUCGCCCUCGGUGUCUACGCAGCCUGCACCAUAUUUGCCAUCAUGUACAAUCUCCUACAUCCUGACUAUCCCUGACGUGAGGUCAGCUUCGCGUAUGGUGUUCCCAGACACACGUAACGCGAAGCUGCGUUCAAGGAUCUCAUUGUCACGUCCUCACUAAUCGUCUUCAAGCUUGUGAGAAUGACCGUCAUUGUCAUCAACAGAACGCUGAGACCGAAAGUGUUGAGGGUGGUGACGUUUUUAAAUUUCUGUGGCAACCUGGGAGAAAGGUGAUGAUGAUGAGGCCAGUGGAAAAUGUACCAAAGAAAAUAAUCCAAGGAGUAAAAACAAAAUAAAAUAAAAAUAAAAAUAAAAAAAAAUAAAUAAAGUAGAAUCCGGCAGCAGUAGUCGAGUGUCUGAGCUGCAGGUCCAGCCGUCAGGCGUUACGUCUUACACAAAACAAUUUAACCCGACGUCAGGACACCCGGGUUUCGGAAAAAGUAAGGUUGCUGGAGAGCAACAAGAAUGGAUGGAAACGUACAUCUCUAAAGAUAAGAAGAUAUAUAUGUUAAGAGAAAAUGAGAAAGCGAAGUAAAAAUAGUAAAAGAAAGAGAAAUAAAGAAAGAAAUGUCAACACACAUGUGUACAAGCAAAGUAAAAAAAAUGUAUAUGGAGAUGUGUGAAUCGACGAGCGAACCCAAUUCCUUUUCCAUUCGUUUCGAAUCUGUCGUUUGCCUCGUAUCGCUCGACUUAUUUUCCUAGAGUGCAUACACAAGAGUCGGACUGGAGAAAAGAUGCACCGAGGAUCUAAAGAACUUCUGAACUAGACAGGUGGCUGCUCCGGUCGCUCGCUCUUAGCGCUCAAUAUCACAACAAGACUGAAUAUCAUUGAAAUUUAUUUAAUUUCCAGUUGAAAAUAAUGAGAUCAAUGACACACAUGCACGCAAACACACCAGGUUCGCCGACGAGGCUCUAGGACAUUCUCGUCAACGAUUUUGUAUAGAAAAUUUACCGUUAAUUAAUACGACUAGUGAUUGAGAUAAAAAUUUUAAGAAUACAUAGUCAACUUUUUAAGUUACGUAUAUAUAUUAUGCAUAUAUAAACAUAAAUUACCGAGUCUCAUUGCGAAAUUGUCAUCGGUUUAUUUUAUACACGUAUAUGCACACAAUGUAAAUAAUAAUAAUAAUCAUAGUAAUUUAUGUACAGCGAAUCGAGUCGAAAAGAGAAUAGAGAGUGACGUGGGGACUAGAUGCAGUAAUCGGGACGUCCUUGUUUCGAUAUAUCGUUGCGUAACUUCCCGGGGAAAUCAUCCUCGCGUGGCAGAGUUUGCUUUGCUCACCGUCAACCCCACCGACAUCUGUAACGGUAUCGUUAACGGACACAUAUAUAUGCACAAUAGCUGAAAAUUUAUAAUAAUAAUUACAAUAAUUGUUGGGUUACGAAAUUUGUCCGUUCAGUUUCCCGAUUUUUCCACUUAUCCCCAUCUGAUUUGAAGUUCUCGCAAAAAGUUUACUGGGCAUUGAGUGUGCGUGUGUUUUUUUUGUCACUUAUUAUUAUUUUCCUCUAUUGUAUUUGUUUAUAUUUAUAUUUUGUUUGUCUUAAGUUAUUAAUUCAUGAUCGUUUAUAUUUAUUGAUAUAUAUAAUAUUUAUUAUUUCUAAGGAAAAUGUCUUUGAUAAUUUUACGAGCCAAAAGUAUAUAUUUAUAAAUAUUGUACGUGCGUUAAUAGUUUCGAAUUAAUAGCUUGUUAUUAAAUAUGUUUUUUUUUUUUAAUUAAUUUAAUAUUUUGGUGAAUCUGUAGUCAAUUUAAAACUCCAUAAAUGAACGUCUCAGACAUUCCGAUGCAUAAUGUUAAAUAAAUUCUCGUCACAGUUAAAGAGUACUAUUUUUUAUGCUGGAUAAUCUACAUUCGGAGCACGUGCAGAAUGAGAAGAAGAAGAGUAAAAAAAUAAAAAAAAUAAGACUAAGGAGUAAGAAGACAGAGCAGAGCACAAGUAUAAGAUCGGCGAGAAUAAAAAAAGAUGUAAUAAAAAAAAAUGGCACAGCCCUAAAUGGGAUUCCAAUGGGAAUUGAGAACAAAUACAUCGAAACGUCUUCAUUCGUGCGUAACGUUUAUUCGGAUGAGUUAAAUAACUAGUUUAUUUAAAUAACCGAUUAUCAUAAUUAUUAACAUUAUCUCGCUCUCGACAAUCUAACAAUUAAACAACGUAAUAAUUUUGUCAAGUAAAGUAAGAAAUGGGAGUGAUGAACGAUGCUAGUCAAUUAGUACCGACGAGUAGGUAUUAGAGAGCCAUUUAACGGUGGUACCUUUAAAAACUUUAGCUAUCACGGCGUAAUCCACUUGAGGUCCUUGCCGAAAAGAGAGCAAGUCAGUGAGCAAGAGUGUAAGCCCUCACACAGACACCACACAGACACUUUACACCUUUAUGAUAUAGGGACAAAGAAGUGAGCAGGGAAAUUCUCGAGGGUGAAUUGGCAUCGCAAAGCGUAAGAGAACAGUGGUCGGUGGCGAACGACACGUUGCUGCUGGUACUGGUACUGGUAUAAAUAUAGAUAUAUACUAGCACAUCUACAACCACAUCUACAACUACAACUACAACUGGUAUAACAACAACUGGUACUACUGCUGCCGCUGUAUAGGAGCGUUGGAGUAAUUACGUGUGAAUAAUUAAAUCUCUACCGCUUGCUCAAACGAAACAAGAGUAGAGAGAGAGUAGAUAACCAUCGGCCGACAAACGCCGCCCGGGAUACUCUUCUGGCUAUAAUGUAAUAUAAACCCAUACUACCACGCUACCAACUGAUUCUUUAAGUAAACUGAGUGUAGUGUAGUGUAUAACGAAACCUCUACUCGCUGUUGUUUAAACUUUGUUCAACUUUAUACC